UUCUUGCGUAAUUUUUUUUACCUUAGAUGUGAUCAUUAUAGGUUUAUUCUUGCUGGUCAGAAUGAGUGUUUGUUUUAAUUUGAAACCGAUUUGUACUUUGGACUUGUGUUUUCAGUGUGAUUCUGAGCUCCGUUAGUUUUGAUCUCUCAAGUUUGACAGUGGAUUUACACUGAGCACUACUUGCCACACAAAAUCUCGUAGAUAACGCUCGUAAUGCCCUGCCAUUACCACCACAUUAAUUACUAAGCCUUUUCUCCUUCCUUAGUCUCUCCCCCCCUUUCUCUGACAAUUAAGCAAGUGCGCAUAUAAACAGACCGACCGUAGUGUUCUUCCAAAUAUGUUCCAACCAAGCAUGUUCGACAACCACCACCACUUGCUGGACAUGAUCGCAAAACCCCCCUCGGAGGGUGAAAUGGGAAGCUUGAGAGAUGAUGAUUUCGAGAACAAAUCGGGGACUGAAAAUAUGGAGUUCCCCUCCGGGGAGGAUCCUGACCCGAACCAGCGUCCCAAGAAGAAGCGGUACCAUCGCCACACCCAGCACCAAAUCCAAGAGCUGGAAGCGUUUUUCAAGGAGUGUCCACAUCCCGAUGACAAACAAAGGAAGGAGCUGAGUAGAGAACUAGGAUUAGAGCCUUUACAAGUUAAAUUUUGGUUCCAAAAUAAGCGUACCCAAAUGAAGGCCCAACAUGAGCGCCAAGAGAAUUCGGUAUUAAAAGCUGAAAAUGAAAAGCUCCAAGUGGAGAACUCAAGGUACCGGGAAGCCCUAGCCAAUGCAACAUGCCCCAACUGUGGUGGUCCAGCAGCUCUCGGUGAAAUGUCAUUUGAUGAGCAGCACUUGAGGAUAGAAAAUGCCCGUUUACGAGAAGAGAUUGACCGGAUCUCAGGCAUCGCAGCGAAGUAUGUAGGCAAGCCAUUGACUUCUUACUCUCAACUUUCUCCACACAUGGCUGGGCCUGGCCAUUCUUUCGACCAUGGAAUUGGGAGUUUUGGGCCUCAGUCGGGACUUGUUGGGGAAAUGUAUGGAGGAGGUGAUCUCCUGCGGUCAAUCUCGCUUCCCACAGAAGCCAACAAGCCUAUGAUUGUAGAACUUGCUGUAGCUGCGAUGGAGGAGCUCAUAAGGAUAGCACAAGCAGGAGAGCCCUUAUGGAUCCCUGGCGAUCACUACACCGAGGUACUGAAUGAGGACGAGUAUUUGAGGACCUUCCCUAGGGGUAUUGGACCGAAGCCCUUGGAAUUGAGGUCGGAAGCUUCGAGGGACUCUGCUGUGGUUAUCAUGAACCAUAUUAGCCUGGUUGAGACACUCAUGGAUGUGAACCAAUGGUCGAGGGUGUUUUGCGGUAUAGUUUCAAGAGCAAUGACCAUACAGGUCUUGUCAACUGGAGUAGCUGGAAACUACAAUGGAGCUCUGCAAGUGAUGACUGCGGAGUUCCAGGUCCCCUCACCACUUGUCCCAACUCGAGAAAAUUAUUUCGUGCGCUACUGUAAGCAGCAUGCGGAUGGGAUGUGGGCAGUGGUUGAUGUAUCAUUAGAUAGCCUACACCCAGGGGCAGUACCUAGGAGCCGAAGAAGGCCAUCGGGUUGUUUAAUUCAGGAAUUGCCCAAUGGCUACUCCAAGGUUAUAUGGGUCGAGCAUGUUGAAGUAGAUGAUAGAGCAGUCCAUAACAUAUAUAGGCAGCUGGUAGAUAGUACUAUAGCUUUUGGAGCAAAGCGUUGGGUCUCGACCUUGGACCGACAGUGUGAACGCCUCGCAAGCUCUAUGGCCAACAACAUCCCUGCGGGAGACUUAUGUGUGAUCACAACCCCGGAGGGAAGGAAAAGCAUGCUGAAAUUGGCAGAGAGGAUGGUGAUGAGCUUUUCGAGUGGAGUUGGUGCCUCAAUGGCACAUGUUUGGACAACAUUAUCAGCGACAGGCUCAGAUGAUGUUAGGGUUAUGACUAGGAAGAGUGCUGAUGAUCCAGGUAGGCCUCCUGGGAUCGUCCUCAGCGCUGCAACCUCAUUCUGGCUGCCUGUCCCCCCAAAACGAGUUUUCGAUUUUCUGCGGGACGAGAAUUCCCGGAGCGAGUGGGAUAUCCUCUCGAAUGGGGGUGAGGUGCAAGAGAUGGCACACAUAGCUAAUGGCCGAGAUCCGGGUAACUGUGUCUCGUUACUUCGCGUGAAUAGCCCAAACUCGAGCCAGAGCAACAUGCUCAUACUUCAGGAGAGCUGCACGGACUCGACUGGGUCCUAUGUAAUCUAUGCUCCCGUGGAUAUUGUAUCCAUGAAUGUGGUCUUAAGUGGCGGGGAUCCAGACUAUGUGGCUCUCCUUCCAUCCGGCUUUGCUAUUCUUCCUGAUGGGCCCAGCCUCAGCAAUGGUGGCAGUGGAGGAAUCCUCGAGGUUGGAUCAGGAGGUUCACUCUUGACGGUUGCGUUCCAGAUACUGGUCGACUCGGCGCCAAAUGCGAAGCUGUCUCUCGGAUCAGUUGCAACAGUGAAUAGUUUGAUCAAGUGCACAGUUGAACGGAUUAAGGCUGCAGUGACCUGUGAUCACAACCCAUGAAGAUACUUGACCAGGAAGCUAACAUGUGGGUGACAUCAUGCGAAGAAAGAAACCCAUUCUAAUGGAGUAGGAAAGCUAGCGAUUAAGGAAAUUGGGCUAGUCUCUAAGUAAAAUCUUGGGAAGGAUGAUGAAGGGGAUAAGUUGAGAAGAAGAAAGGGAGUCAAGAACGAACCUUUUAACGACCUUUGCUUUAUGGUACGUUUAGUAGUGAGAGAUAGAAGGAUUUUGUUUAUCAGUGUAAGAUGAAGAGCAAGCCUGCCAUAUUUCAAGGGUCGACAGAGGUUCGGGAAUUGACUUCGCCUGAUGAAUUGCAAAGAAACCCUAGAAAGAUCGAUCUUGUUUGUAGUCUUUAAUUGGCCUUCCUUUUCUUUUGGCUAUUGUUUUUGCUUUAUGUGGAGAAGUAAUUGACUAGCCUGUCUAUGUUUGUCUGUGUUCGUUUCUUUGCAUGCUAACUAUGAUUUUUGACUUCCGUUUGCUGUGGAAUGGAACUUCAUGUUGCUCAGUCUGGUAAGGUUGGCUCGAUUGGUUA